AAGGAUAAAAUGAAGAAAUAAUCUGCAGUGUAUAAAAUUCAGAUUACCUACAGUAUACGUUUUGUUAAAGCAAAUUUUCUUUCACUGCAUCCGUGCUAACUUCCAUUAUCAUAAGGUGGCCAAAGUAUUAGACUAAACCAAAUGCGGAUGUUAAACCCGGAAUUCUCUGCACAGACAUUGUUGCAUUACAGUAAGAAGUGAGGGAGUAAAUACAGGGAAAGGAUUCAUGAGUGACCCCCAGCCAGCCAGUAAGAAGCUCAGAACAGACGCUAUGAAGAUUGGAACACACAAUGGCUCAUUUCACUGUGAUGAGGUCUUGGCUUGUUUCAUGCUGAGACAACUGCCAAAGUAUGCUGAUGCUGAGAUAGUCAGAACCCGUGACCCUGCUGUCCUUGACACAUGUGAUAUUGUGGUGGAUGUUGGGGGAGUGUAUGAUCCUGCUAAAAAUAGAUUUGACCAUCAUCAAAGGACAUUUAACGAGUCGAUGAGCACAGUGAAUAAGCCCAAGAAAUGGACAACCAAACUAAGCAGCGCUGGCCUGGUUUACUGUCAUUUUGGUAAGGAGAUUGUGGCCCAAAUUCUCGAGCUUCCUGUGGAUGAUCCAGUGACCGACAUUGUAUACGACAAAGUGUAUGAAAACUUUGUGGAGGAAAUUGAUGCUAUUGACAAUGGAAUUAAUCAGUAUGAUGGGGAACCCAGGUACCAUAUAAAUACCAACUUAAGCAGUAGAGUCAGCCAUUUUAAUCCUAUGUGGAAUGAACCAAAUGCUGAUGAAAUGGCAGGGUUUUUGAAGGCCAUGAAGAUGGUGGGGUCUGAAUUUCUUGAUAAAAUUUUGUACUACAAGAAAUCAUGGCUUCCUGCUAGGGAAUUGGUAGAAGAGGCUGUCAAAGGCAGAAUGGAGGUGGAUCCUAGUGGAGAGAUUGUGGUUUUUAAGACAGGGAGUUGUCCAUGGAAGGAUCAUCUAUUUAAUUUGGAGGCAGAGCUGAACAUUAAUCCACCUAUAAAAUAUGUUCUUUACCAAGACCAGAGCAACAAAUGGAGGGUUCAGUGCGUACCAGAGGCCCUGGGGUCAUUUACAAACAGACUAUCUCUGCCAGAAGACUGGCGAGGCUUGAGGGACAGUGUACUUACAGACAAGUCUGGGAUUGCGGACUGUAUAUUUGUACAUGCUGGAGGCUUCAUUGGAGGAAACCACACUUACGACGGAGCACUGGAGAUGGCAAAGAGAAGUCUUAAGAUGUCACAGAAAAAUACAUAACACCGCAAGGAGCCUACAGGGCCAUUGAAAAUGAAUAUUAUAAGCUCAGGUUAUGAUAUGUACAUUUAAUACAUGAGGCAAUAUUUCUUUGUCAUAGUUGAAUCUUGUCCAGCAGAGUCAUGAAUUAAAAUUAAAGUGUUUUCUAUAU